UUAACCGGGGGAUUUUUUCUCAUACGUUGUUCAGUAUCACCUGUACGAGUAUCAAUGAUCUUGCCUUUGCUGUUUGGGUUAUCGGUUAUCAUCUUUCUCUUGUGACUGCCGGUACGAGUACAGUAACCGAGAUCCUGGAUUCGUUGUAGAAGUCAGAACAGAUAUGGUUUCAGCAGCUCUACUUGCCCAUUGAAAGCUUACUGCAGUGAAAAAUUUCGAAAGAAAAUUCCAGAACGACUGCUGCAUGCUCUCUCUCGCUCGCAAACACAAUACUACUCCAUUAGCGCCACAAUGCCCAUCCAGUCAAGUCAAACGAACUCGAAAUCGGACAGUCUCCUACGAAAGCGCUGUGCCGCCCUGGCGCUUCUGGCGAUUUUGGUCCUUUCCUUUGUCCAGUUGGCCCGGUUKCACAACACUUUUUACUUCGAGAGCGACGCGAAGGACACCAGCGACAAUCGGUUGUUCGAAGCUCCUCUCAGGAAAGCAGGGGGAAAUGGAACCGCGCCACUGAUAAAUAGACAGGCUGCAGGAGAAAMGCAAAACAACAAUCCGAGCUUCGACAGAGCGAAAGACACAACAAGAACUACUUCUACCAUGACCAGAGCGGCAGCAGAAGCAAGAAACACGUCAGCAGCAACACUGGCACCAACAAUACCGCCACCAGAAACAACCACAACAGCAGCAAAGACAACCACAACAGGCGACGAGAAUCACGAGGCAAAGAACGAUGGUGCCGAUACAAAACCAAACCGUCGCCCAUUGAACGUGCUCGUACUUUUCCCGGACGACAUGUCGCACAAAUCUAUGCAAGACGUCAGUGGCAGGGACUACGUUGAAACUCCUUUUUUGACCGCCCUGGCGAGAGACGGCAUCCGCUUUACGAGGAAUGCAGUCACGACGAGCGUGUGCUGGAUGUCACGGGCGACCUUGUUCACGGGCCAAUACGGUGCGUCAAAAGAUAUGGUUGRCCCGGAACGAGACGAGAAGAAUCGUCGAUGUUCGGUUGCUGCGUUUGAUGAUUGUGCCUUCUCGUCUUGGUUCUUCUGAUCUCUUCUUUUUCUGUGAAUCAAAUGUAAUAAAAUGAAAUCCAUUCCAUUCAAUUUCAAUCCAGCCAGUUCACAUGGAUCUUUCCGCUUGAAAUGUCCAAGAUUUACGUUGCCUGAGUAUUGGAAGGACACAUGGCCCGCCAUUCUGCAACGUGUUGGUGGUUACUACGUGGGUCAUGUUGGAAAGUGGCAAUACUUUGAUGGAAAAAGGGUACUUCCAUCCCUGUUUAACGUCACUACAAUCUUUGAGGGCAGACAUUGGUUCGGUGGAGUAUCCGCCAGUGAUAAGGGCUACGACAGCGCCAAGAAAUUUUUGGAAGAUCGGCCCAGAGACCGUCCGUUUGCUCUGACUGUUGCCUUUUAUCCCCCCAAAGCCAUCGGCAACUCGUAUGAACCGGGUGAACAAUGGUCUCCCAAACAGGAAACCAUGGAGUUAUACGCCAACCGAACGUACAAACGCCCCUACGACGUGGAGCAAGUACACAACAACUUGCCAGGUUUUUUGAAACGAGGCAUUGUCAGUUCGCGUUUCGAGUCGCGGUGGAAGACGACGGAUCAGUACAACAUGGGGAUGCGCAACUACCACGCUUUGGUGACAGAAGUCGAUGCUGCCUGCCAGAAAAUCAUUGACGUGCUAAAAAGCGAAGGACUGUACGAAAAUACGAUGAUAAUCUUCACUUCGGACAAUGGCUUGAUGAUGGGAUCCCAUGGCCUUGGUGGCAAAUGGAUUCCCUACGAAGAUUCCAUUCGGGUACCGCUCAUAAUCCAUGAUCCGCGUCUGCCCAAGGAACAGCGAGGGAGACUCGAAGACAGCAUGUCCCUCAACGUAGAUUUGGCGUCGACUAUAUUGGGGGCUGCCAACAUCGAAUCAGCUCCCGGGAUGCAGGGAAGAGACUUGGCAGAUAUAUACCUGCCAAAAGAGCUGGCUACGUCGCCGGUCGASCGCGAGCCCUGGCGAACCGAGUUUGUGUACGAGUACCAUAACACAGACAUUCACCGAGUGUUUGCGCUCAUAGAUCAGCAGUACAAAUACAUCGACUGGCAACAACAGAACUACGAACAAUUGUUUGAUCUGACAAGCGAUCCGUACGAGCUGAACGAUCUGUUGCACAAUGACACCACCARAAACAAAAUGACAGAAGUAGUAAAGAAACUUAGAGAGCGGUACAACCAGAUUCGGGUGGGGARAAUGUCCCCUCAUGAACAUGGUYCRGAUUGGUGCAAUGCGAGUUUGCAUUAAUAGUCUCCUUUCAUUGCAAAGGUGAACGGGUGCCGAAAAUCAAGGAAGGUUUGAUAGUGACAACACCGAUCUGGAUAGCACUGGCGAAAAGGAUCGAUCUAAGUUCCAAACAACAAACACUACACGCAUAA